CUGCAGGGAACACCCAGGAUCCAGCUUCUGCGCACGCGGGCCUUGGGUCUUCCCACGCUCGGUCUUCCCCCACGGUGCCUCCGGCCCACGUAGAGCGGGUUCCCGCGGCUGCCGGUACACGCCGAGCCCCGGACCAUGAGCGUGGGCUUCAUUGGCGCGGGCCAGCUGGCCUGUGCCCUGGCGCGGGGCUUCACGGCCGCAGGCGUCCUGUCGGCUCACAAGAUAAUAGCCAGCUCCCCGGAAAUGGACCUGCCCACGGUGUCCGCGCUCAGGAAGAUGGGGGUGAACCUGACCCGGAGCAACAAGGAGACGGUGAGGCACAGCGACGUCCUGUUCCUGGCCGUGAAGCCGCACAUCAUUCCCUUCAUCCUGGACGAGGUCGGGGCUGACGUCCAGGCCAGGCACAUCGUAGUCUCCUGUGCGGCUGGUGUCACCAUCAGCUCUGUGGAGAAGAAGCUGAUGGCGUUCCAGCCAGCCCCCAAGGUGAUUCGCUGCAUGACCAACACACCUGUGGUGGUGCGGGAAGGUGCCACCGUGUAUGCCACAGGCACCCAUGCCCUGGUGGAGGAUGGGCAGCUCCUGGAGCAGCUCAUGAGCAGCGUGGGCUUCUGCACCGAGGUGGAGGAGGACCUGAUUGAUGCUGUCACAGGGCUCAGUGGCAGUGGGCCUGCCUAUGCGUUCAUGGCCCUGGACGCGUUGGCUGAUGGUGGGGUGAAGAUGGGCCUGCCGCGGCGCCUGGCAGUCCGGUUGGGGGCCCAGGCCUUGCUGGGGGCUGCCAAGAUGCUGUUGGACUCAGAGCAGCAUCCAGGCCAGCUCAAGGACAACGUCUGCUCCCCUGGGGGUGCCACCAUCCAUGCCCUGCACUUCCUAGAGAGUGGGGGCUUCCGCUCCCUGCUCAUCAAUGCAGUCGAGGCCUCCUGCAUCCGGACACGAGAGCUGCAGCUCAUGGCUGACCAAGAAAAGAUCUCCCCAGCUGCCCUCAAGAAGACCCUCUUGGACAGAGUGAAGCUGGAAUCCCCCACAGUGUCCACGCUGACCCCCUGCAGCCCAGGGAAGGUCCUUACAAGGAGGCCGGCCCCAGGCAGCAAGAAGGACUAAGGCAGCCCCUGGCCCUCUCUGACCAGAGCCCUCGGCCGAGGGGCCAUGCAGGGCGAGGGCAGGCUUGGGUAGUUUUCAGAUCCUUGUUAUAAAACCUCCUUAUGUUUGUUCAGACCAGGCGGCCCUGGUUGCCCCUCCUGUCCCAUGCUGGAAGACGCUCCGUAGGAGCAGUUGAUGCUAGAAGCCAGAUGGAACCCUGCACAUCUCCCGCUGUUAGAGGCCCAGCUCAGGUAGGAAGGUCUGGGGAGGACCUUCAACUAUGGUUCUCCAAUGGGAGCCCAAAGCAGGGUUAGUGUGAUGCCAUGUCAAGGUGACAAGGGUAUUUCUCUUUGAGAGUGAACAACUUAGAAUUGUCACAGUCAGAAACACACGAAGUGAGACUACGCUGUAUUUCACUGUUGCUUCAUAGAUGUACCACUGAGAACGUGUUACUCAGUUCCCCUAAGUUUA